CCGCGAUAAGCAGCUGCGCCAGAGCACGAGCAGCAUACCGAUAAAUCUAUGCGACAUAAAAUAAGUACAUGCGUUCUGUUGUUUUCUUUACGCUGUGCGUUACAAGCAGGCAGUGAGUGCCGCAACAAGAGGCUCCACCGACUAGCCUGCAUAUAAUACUACACUUUGUGAGCACGGAGCUGUGGCGAGAGCUUUCUGCACCUCCUCCAUCACAGCCAGGAUGCUUGGCAUCUAUUACUGUGGCAUCCUGGUUCCAGCUUCUAUGCUUAUGCUGGGUCUACAGAAAAUCAUGGGAGCAACUACCCGGAACUGCAUCGGGCUGCCAAGAAGCACUAGCAUAGUGCACUGGGAGAAAACCUACGCCGAAGAGGACGUUAACCUGAAUGCUAAGGCCCUGUGUCGCCUGUGCGACAUUCCAGAGCAUGAGUGUAAAGAAGCAUCACAGGUACGAUUUGGGGGGGGAGUCAAACCCCUUAAACCCCCCUAUGGCUAUACCACUGGAUGCUUGACAAGAAAAAAAGAAAAGAAAAGAAAAAAAGCAUGCACUUCUCGGAAAUGCACAACCUGCCAUGCUAUCAUCUGUACACUUCCAAACAUGUGCACUAUUCGGUGUGUAUCCCAGAAUGGAUCGUCGCAAGAUAAAGAGAUGACAGAUGGCUUAACAUGCGCAUUUCACAAGGUGUGCAUUCGUUCAGAAUGCAGGAAGAAGCCAUCCACCAUCGAAACUGAAACCUGCAAACAGCUACACCGCGGGAAGAAGGUCCGAGCAUCUGGCUACGACGACUGUGAGUUCCUGUGUCACGUUGAUGGACACGAUACCCCGUUUCGCUACUGCAGGCCGGCUGGUAGUUCGUGUUCAAAGGUGUGCACUCUCUCGAUUCAUGCUCAGCCAUGUGCGUGUGGAAAACACUGUUAUGCAAACAUUUGUUUGCUACGCAGAGAAGUGGCAGUCCAGGAACAUGUAACAGCAUUGGAUACUGCAUGACUCUCAUUGACUAAGAAAGUGGCAAGCGAGAAGUGGAAGGCGUUUCCAGCAAAUAUAAUGUGGCCGAUAUGCUGCAAGUACACCUGCAAUUAUUUGAGGUGUUUGAACAACCGCAAUAUGAACUGCAACGGCAAAAUAUGGUGGGUGCAUGCAAAAGAUUAGUUGAAAGAUUAGUACUGUGUCCAGCAGAAGAUGAAAAUUAAAUAAAACAAAGCAGAUUUUCCCCCCCAUUAAAUGAAGUUCUAUCAGGAAGUUAAGCAAUGUCUUGCAAUUCGCCCUAUGAGCAUUCACUACCAGAGUCACGAUGUUGUGUACUGCAUAAUUUACCAUCAACUUUAUUAACACAGUAACAGGGGAAAAAAAAAAAAGUCAGCAUAGUGGUAUUUGGGUUCCUCCCAAGAUGUCUGGAACGAAAAGAUAUCCCUAUUUCUGCGGCACCUUUGCUGCAUCCGAACACUCAGGUUUGAGGCCUCGACUAACUCCUGCGCAAGAUAAGGUGGACGCCAGAGUCCGUAAAGACUGGUUCGGAGAGUUGCCCCACGGGCAGCGCGAACGAAGCGUCUUCGAAAGGCUUUUGCAUGGCGCCACGGCCAAAUACGCCCAGGUCUCCUUGACGCUUGGCAGAUGAGCAGUCGCUGUGCUGAGCUGCCAGUUCUCCAAAAUCUGCUCCCGCUGAGAUCUGUGCCCUAAUAUCUAUUAAAAAAAAAGAGAGUCAGUCAAACGAAGAUUUAAGCUUGCUGA